CACGUGACCAUACGUACGUAAACAAACCAUCUCAAGCAAAAUACAGUGCCACAGUUUGCUGCGGGCUAGCUAACAGCAGCAAUCUAAUCCAUGACUGAACACGGCAUUACGGUGGUAAAUAUAUCCGUAACAUUUACAAUAAGUAGUGACAACUCAGACUCGAUACCAGUAGCUAGAAUUUAGCUAGCGCUUGAACGGCAGUUCAUCAUGGCAUCCUCACUGCGAAGCGAAGUCCGCUCUGGCGAAGGGACUUUGGGAGCGCUGCCCGGGGCUCGGCCACAGCUUCGCUCGCACCUCCUCCACUCCACAACCACCACAGGUUCCCCUGGGUCUCAAAUGGUGGAGUCUGUGGACGAUGCGGAGGGUUUGUAUGUCGCCGUGGAGCGAUGUCCCCUCUGCAACACCGCCAGGCGCAGGCUGACGUGCGCCCGAUGCAUCCAUGCAGGCGAUUUCAUAUACUUCGACGGUAGAAACCCUGAACGAUACACUGAAAAAUUGGAAAGACUUAAAAUGCUGAAGGAGGAGAAAGAACGUUUCCAACAGAUGGUCAUUACAGCCAUGGACAAGAAAGUCCAGGCAGAUCAGCUGAAAUGGAAGAUCAUGUCAUGCAAGAUGAAAAUAGAGCAGCUGAAGGAGGCUAUUGGUUGUGGGAAUGAAGAGGUGAAAAGUGGUAAGGACCUGCUGCUUCGCUCCCAAGAGGAGAGCCAGAGGCUGCAGCGGCGGGCCAGCCGCCAUCAGGAGAAGAGGGACAAGAUCGAGAGACACAACCGGCGGCUGGGAGAGCUGCUGGAGAAGAGGGGCAAGGAGCUGCAGGGUCGUCUGGAGCACCUGGCUGAGGUCCGCAGAGGACACAUCCUGGAGCUCACCGCUCACAUCUUCCCCACACAGGAGGAGAAACAGGGUAGCAGGGACCCAGCAGACGUGUUGUCGGAGUGUGACUUGGCCCUGACCUCCAGCACGGUGAGUGAGUUGGCUGAGGCCCGCCGCACCACCUACCUGUCAGGGCGCUGGAUCUGGGAUGACCAGAAUGGAGAGACCUCCAUUAGCAUCACCGGACCCAUGGUCACGCUGCCCAGCAACGGGGACUGCUCCCCCUAUUACAGCUGGGUGGAGGAGAAGAGCACCAACGAGGGGCCCGAGCUGGACCACAUCAACCCAGCCCACACCAUCAGUGCAGCCCUCUGUUUUGCUACCCAGCUCAUCAACAUCCUCUCUCACAUCCUGGAUGUCAAUCUGCCCAAGAAGUUGUGUAACAGUGAGUUCUGUGGUGACAGCCUGAGCAGGUACAGGUUCACCCGGGCUGUCACCAAGCUCAACACCAACAUCCUUCACCUCUGCUUCUCACAGCAUGUUGAGAGUGAGCUACUGCACCCUCACCACACCCUGAGGAACAUCAUGUUCCUGGUCUCUCCUGACAACAAAAACCUGGGCAGGACGGGUCCGUACGAGGUGACUGCUGACCUGGAGGACUCCAUGGAGUUUGUGGAGCCGGAGGCGGCCGGCCCGGCGGAGGAAAGUGGGGAUGAGAUGGUGACGGAUGAGGAGACAGACCUGGGAACAGACUGGGAAACGGUCCCCAGCCCACGCUUCUGUGACAUCCCCUCCCAACCCAUGGACCUAUCCCAGAGCACGGCCAUGCAGGUGUCCCAGCCCGUGGGUCAGGCCGGGGGCAUGAUCUCCUCAGCAGCAGCAUCCGUCACCUCCUGGUUUCGGGCCUACACCGGCCAGCGCUGAGGGACGCUGGAGGCUCACUGGCCAGGGUCGUAUAUAUUAGGGCACACUAGAGAAAACGUUUUGCAACGUAGAAGGAAAACAAGUGUUUUUUUUUUUAUUAAACAAGUUCUGGUAGUGUUUCAGUCCGUUUGGUGUCUAAUGAAUACACCCCAGGACUGGCUGGAGCUAUGCAGCACUACCACCACACAGAGACUGUUCUGUUCUGGCCUAUGCCUGUAGUCAGCCUGCAGUCCUGGUCCACUACCACCAAGAAGGGAUAUUUGUUUUUACUAAAUUGCAUGACUGAAUCCCUGUGGGAGGAAGGGAAAUGUAUCGCUCACUUUAUAAAGAAGGAGAAUGUUGUCAUUGACAGCAGUGAUUCUUCUGGUAAAAAUGGUUAUAGUGCGAAAGACUGUCGCUUGGGGAGGGUGUUAUUCAAAGAGUAGUCUCUCACAACUCUCGGCCAUCCGCACGCUCCAUCCCAGUAGUUGUGAGAAGAUUUUUCAAAGAGAGACUGGAGCUUCUGUUGCUUUCCCGUGUACCCAUCCAUAUUGUCGGUUCUUAAUGUUUCUUUACUACAUCCCAAAUGGUACCCUAUGCCUUAUAUAGUGCACAACUUUUGACCAGAGCCCUAUGGGCCAUGGUCAAAAGUAGUGCACUACAUAGGUAAUAGGGUGCCAUUUGGGACAGAACCUUCCUUCAUACUGCAUUACAUCAAAAUGGUUUGUGUAAGGAUUGUGUUUUGAAGACUGACGAAUGUCAAACAAGGGGCAUGACCUUAGUUAUUCUCACUAAAUGAUGGCAUGGCA